AUGACAUUCGCCGGCUUCGUGGUGGCGCUGGUGAUAGGGGCGAUCCCUGGAGCCCGCGGGCCGGGGCAGGUCUCCGCCAGCCUCCCGGCCGCCCGCGCCCCACAGCCCCCCGCCGGCUGCCCCGCCGGGGGCUUCCCUGCGGCCCAGCGCCCCUGGGCACCGGCGGCGCCCGUUCUGCCGCGCCGGGGGGCGGCGGGCCGGGCGCCGCGGGGCCGCCGCAGCUCCUGCGCCCUACCCGGCGGCGGCGAGGGACGACCCGGCUGCGCCCCCGGAGCCGGCCGGGGCGCGGCGGAGCGCGGCCGCGCUGACUGCGAGCGAGGGUCAGUGAGACUCCGGGGAGGCAAGAAUGAGUUUGAAGGUACAGUGGAGGUUUAUUUGAAUGGAAUCUGGGGAACAAUCUGUGGGAGCCAUUGGGACAAUAAUGACGCGACAGUUGUAUGUCGACAGCUUGCACUUGGGGAAAAAGGUACAGCAAAACACAUACCCUUUUCUGGAUUAGGCCUUAUUCCUGUUUUCUGGAGUGAAGUGCGUUGUCGUGGUGAUGAAGAAAAUAUACUGUUAUGUGAAAAAGAUACCUGGCAAGAUGGGACAUGUCCUCAAAAAAUGGCAGCUGCUGUCACAUGUAGCUCCUCCCUGGGCCCUGUCUUCACUCCGAUCCGGCUGGCUGGUGGGAGCAACGCCCACGAAGGAAGAGUGGAAGUUUACCAUGGUGGCCAGUGGGGCACAGUCUGUGAUGACCAGUGGGAUGAUGCAGAUGCUGAAGUUGUCUGUCGGCAGCUCGGCCUUGGGGGUGUUGCCAAGGCAUGGAGCCAGGCUUACUUUGGAGAAGGCUCUGGCCCCGUGCUGCUGGAUGAAGUAAGGUGCACGGGAAAUGAACUCUCGAUAGAACAGUGCCCAAAAAGCCCCUGGCGAGAACACAACUGUGGCCACAAAGAAGAUGCUGGUGUUUCCUGCACACCUCUCACAGAUGGUGCGCUGCGGCUCGCAGGCGGGAAGGGCAGUCACGAGGGCCGCCUGGAGGUCUAUCACACAGGCCAGUGGGGCACGGUCUGUGACGACGGCUGGACGGAGCUCAACACGCAGGUGGUUUGCUGGCAGCUGGGAUUUAAGUAUGGAAAAAGUGCAGGUAUGGAAAAAGAGGGCUCCUCAGAAGGAAGCUCUGGGCCCAUCUGGCUGGAUGAUGUGAUCUGCUCUGGGAAGGAGACAAACCUCCUGCAGUGCUCCCGGCGGGAGUGGGGGAAGCACGACUGCAACCAUCAGGAGGAUGUCAGACUCAUCUGCCACCCAGAAAACGACAGCCACAAGCGCUCACUUGGUCCUCCCAUCAGGCUGAUGGAUGGUGAGAAUAAGAAGGAAGGACGUGUGGAGAUUUUUAUCAAUGGCCAAUGGGGCACAAUUUGUGAUGAUGGAUGGUCUGAUAAGGAUGCGGCUGUAGUCUGCCGACAGCUUGGCUACAAAGGUCCAGCCAGAGCAAGGACAAUGGCCUAUUUUGGUGAGGGCAAAGGCCCGAUCCAUGUGGAUAACAUCAAGUGUACAGGAAAUGAGAGAUCCUUGGCAGACUGCAUUAAGCAGGACAUUGGGAUGCACAACUGCCGGCACAGCGAGGACGCGGGGGUCAUCUGCGACCACCUAAGCAAGAAAGUCCCUGGGAACAGCAAUAAAGAUUCUCUUGCUUCUGUUUGUGGGCUGAGGUUACUCCAUCGUCGACAAAAGCGAAUAAUUGGUGGGAAAAAUUCUUUACGGGGCGGCUGGCCGUGGCAGGUGGCACUGCGGCUGAAAUCCUCUCAUGGUGACGGGAGACUCCUGUGUGGUGCUACUCUCAUCAGCAGCUGCUGGGUCCUCACUGCUGCACACUGCUUUAAAAGGUAUGGCAACAACACUCGCAACUACGUGGUGCGGGUUGGAGACUACCACACGCUGGUGCUGGAGGAGUACGAGGAGGAAAUCGGAGUCCAGGAGAUUGUGGUGCACAAGGACUACAGGCCUGACAGCAGUGACUACGACAUUGCCUUGCUGAGGCUGCAGGGGCCCGAGGAACAGUGUGCGAGGUUCAGCACCCACGUUCUGCCUGCCUGCUUGCCACUGAGGAGGGAGCGACCACAGAAAACUGCUCCCAACUGCUUCAUCACUGGAUGGGGUGACACAGGACGGGCUUAUUCAAGAACACUGCAACAGGCUGCCAUCCCCUUACUUCCCAAGAGGGUGUGUGAGGAACGCUACAAAAGGAGAUUCACAGGAAGAAUGCUCUGCGCUGGAAACGUGCAGGAACAGAAACGAGUGGACAGCUGUCAAGGAGACAGUGGUGGACCACUGAUGUGUGAACGCCCAGGGGAAAGCUGGGUUGUGUACGGUGUCACCUCCUGGGGCUACGGCUGUGGGGUCAAAGAUUCCCCAGGUGUCUACACAAAAGUUUCAUCUUUCGUACCCUGGAUUAAAAGUGUGACCAAACUAUGAAUGCCCAUAAUGAAAACUGAACUUUGAGGCAGGACAAUUUGAACAGCAGAUGCAGUGCACAGCUGGGGCCCACAGUGGGUGGAAACAGACAUUUUCCUGAUUCAUGUGUUUUUGUUUUCAUUAAAUCCAAGCUGUAUACACUCAAGCCUUCCAGUUAGGGAUUACCGUCCUUCCUGUUCCAGAAGUUUAAAUAUUGCAUGAACAAGCUACUAUGUAUCUAAGGGGAAAAGUGAUAGCCAGCUAGAGUUAAUACUGGAGCAGGACAGCUGGAGACUGCCCACAAGACUGUUGCUCCAAGCUAUUUAUGCUCCAAGCUUCUCUACAAUUAAUUACAGAUCUCAAUUAAUCUUCAGUCUAGUUUAUUAGUCUAUUUUAUUCCUAUGAUUUUACACUCAGUCCCCUAAAUUGGAUCAUGUUUCAGUAGCUUCUGAGACCAUUCAUAGCCUGAUUCUUGAUAAGUAAUUCUCAGUAUGUAUUAAAUGCAGGAAGGAAAAGAAUGGUCAAUAAUCACAUUCCCAGGUAAUUGGCUAAAUGCCUUCACAGGAAGGAAAAGAAUGGUCAAUAAUCACAUUCCCAGUUAAUUGGCUAAAUGUCUUCACAGGUUAGUAUGCUUGAAGUACAUUCCCACGUAAAACAGGCAGUACAGUGACAGUUUCCCCACAACAUCCUGCACAGCUGCAAGAGCAACAACUUAUCUACUUCACUUAGGUAGCAUUUGUCCUAUUUCUGAAAUUGGCAAUUUUGAGUAUAUACAGCAUUUUGAAGAAGAUUCACUUUUUCCAUUUACCACUAGCUGUCAGUAGUGUCAGACUAACAGACAUCCCUAUCCUUUCACUGCUGGGCUUUGCUCAAGCAGCGCCAAGAACCUUGGUCAAUCCUACCAGACAAAGUUAUACAUACAAUGGAGCUGUUGAGCCGAAACUUGUCUGAAAAGGUCUAUAAAGUCUUAAACUAUGUUUUCUAUAAAGUAAGAUUUAGACAACUCUCUCCUGCUUAGCUGCAACACUGGUUCAGAGUGAUCUCACAGGAAAGCUUAGUUUUCAGUGACUUCUAAAGCACUGACACAUCUUGAUUUUGUUUAAUUCCAUUUCCAAAUACUGUUCCCCGUGCCAUGAAAUCCCUAACAACUUUUUAAAAAAAUGCACUGAUAACCAACUUACUGUCCAUUGAGAAAGGGCCACCACACCGAACCUAGAACACAGCAGGUAAUCACCACCUUAUUGUAACACUGAAAGGCAUCAGUCUGGAAAUCACCUGUGAACUGACUCACUGGGGAGGGAGCCAGGACACUACAAUCCGCAGGUCAAAGACCGUGCUGAGUCCAAGCAUGCUCUAUGCAUCACAGUAACAAGCAUGCUCAUAAAAACAACUGAAAGCUGUGGGCCAUAAAACACUCCCGUGUGACAAGUGUGGCAGAUGAGCGUCACCACAUAGUGAUUGUGCAAACUGCGACCACCAGUGACUGUUUCCCAGUUUCCUAUUCCCCAAACUGGCUAUGACUGUGUUGUGUGGUGUUUUGUGAAAAAGUGGGGUGCUUGCAUUCAUGCUGUAAGUGGGCAAUUAUUCAUUUUUGUAUUGUUGUGUGUCUCUCUGGUGUUAUAACAAAUAUCCAAGACUCACUUGCAUAUGAAGUGGCAAUGACAUUGCCGAAGCCCAUAUGAUUGAACAUUUAGCCCUUAAUAUCUCCAACCUCAAAUUUAAGUUUUCAAGGGUCAGGACUAAUUAUUGUAACUGGUGCUAAAGUAGUACAUGAGGUGCUUUAAUACAUUUUAGUUCUCUGUAAUUCCACACUAUUUGAAAUAGUGUAAAAUAUUUUAAUACAUCAUAAAUCACUGUACUGUGACCACCUACUGUUAGACCAAUGCAAAACACCGUGCUAGUCAACUUCAAAACCAUUGCGUUUUUACUUCUAUAUAGCCCUUAAUUACAAGGGAAGUCAGUCUGUCAAAAGUAGCUGCAUGUAACAUCCAAGUUUUGCUGUACAAGACCCAUUGAGACUUGUGGUGAAGUAGGCUACGUAGUGCAAUAUAUAUGCGUUAUAUACAGGGGAAAGGAUCAUCCUUUAAUAGCUGCACCACAGAAACAGGAUACUUUGUGGGGGGGGAACUAAACCUGCACACUUAGUGUAGUAAACAUUUAGAUUUAGUACAGUACUUUCUUAUUUUUGCUCUUUUAAUAGAACGCUUUGUUAGAUUUUAAAAUGUUGCACUGUUUCCAUGCUGAGCAUGCCUUCUCAGUUUCUAACAUAAAAUGAAAUUGCCUCCAUCUUAUGCCAUUCUCAUUUUUGUUCAGUGAGCCUGAUGGUGUACAUGUAUACAAUAAAAACUGCCACACUGA